AUGGACAGCCAGAGUUCUCUCUCCAACGGGAUCUCACAGCGUCGCAGGCUCACCAAGAAACCACCGUCUACUCACUACCAUCAGUACACCCGCUCGUCCGGUGGCCUCGAUGGUGGCAUCGACGCCCAAUCCCUCCAGAGCGAGCGUAGUUCCACGAGUCUGAAGCGAACACCGAGCGCGCCGCCCGUCAGAAGCAGCCUUUCUACCCCCCACGACGACCAAUUUCUUCGUUACCUCCCCUCCAGUCAACCCUCUUUCCCUUCACCGAAUCCGGCCCAGGGCCAGUUCGCCCCGUCCUCAUAUCGCAGCCCCGCCAUCGCCAUCUCCCCAGACCUCGACAGUCGGUCUCCGCAAGGGACGGACGGAUUCAUCGGUGCCCCCUUUGACGGCGCCGCCAUCCUCGACCGCAUCGAGCAGACAAAGUCGCCGACACUUCAGCAGUCGACCUUCCUCCACCAAGACCCCGCUCCGACCACACCCAAACCAUUCUCCCACACGGCCCAGACCAUGUCGCCGGGACUCCGCCGCUCCGUGAGCUUCACUUCGGCCGCACCCGUCAUGAGGGAUAAGUCGCAGGCGAACCCGACAAUGGAGAAUCAGUUGCUGAGCCCGAAAAGGUACUCGGACGAGGGCAAAGACUCGAAGCCAGGCAACAUUCGCAAAAAGUCCGGAUUCUCGGGUUUUGUGAACAGUCUCGUCGGGUCUCAGAAGAAGCCAGUCAUCUCGGCUCCCGAGAACCCAGUCCAUGUUACCCAUGUCGGAUAUGACAGCACUACGGGCCAAUUUACGGGCCUGCCAAAAGAAUGGCAACGUCUCAUUAACGAGAGCGGUAUAUCAGAGAAGGAGCGGAGGGAACACCCCCAGACCAUGGUUGACAUCCUCACAUUCUACAAGGAGACCACGGAGAAGCCGCCCGAAGAUCAAUUCUUAGAAAAGUUCCAUGAUGCUCGCGCGCCAGAGUAUCGGCAAUAUGUGAACACUCCUGGAGGGGCCAUGUCCCCAGGUAUGUAUCCGCCAACAAGUUAUAUGGGAUCGUUCGAAAAUCCUCGACAACCGCCUCCGGUUCCCGGCCAGAACCGAGGCCUGGGUCUGGCAAAGGACACCAAUCUCACGCCGAGUCGCCCUGCUCCGAGACCCCCCAUCAAUCUACCGGCAAGAACUGCGCCACCCGCACCGUACGUCACGAAGGACUCGGGCAUCGGCAUGUCACAGCCCAGCGAGGACCUGCCCGCCACGGCCUACGCGCCGCCCAAGGAUAGCAUUCCCAUGCUUCCCGAGGAGCACCGGUCGCGGUCCAAUUCCCGUGUCAAUGGGCCGGCGCCUUAUGCACCAGCCAGCCCCCAGCCCCUGACUCAUCAGCACCAGCCUCAAGUUCUUUCACCGGCCGGUCCGCCUCCUGCCCUCUCGCCGUCGCAAGCCGCCGCAUCAUAUCAGCAGCAGCUUCUCCAGCAACAGCAAGAACAAGCUUUGGCUCAGGCCCAAGCUGCCAUGUCCGGGCAGAUCGGUCGGGCUCCCAGCAAGAGGCAGCCGGCACCUCAUCCCCAUCAGCCACAACCAUCCGUGACGUCGCCAAGCCCGGCCCAACAGCCGUAUUCUCAAGGAGGAAGUACUGCCAGCACGAACCCGUCUCAUAGGCCCCAAAUUGGUGUGCCCGGCCAACCGGGCUCCCGGCCUAGGCACCGGGCACGCCAGAGCAAUAACGUCGACGUGGUUGCGGCACUCAAGCGUAUUUGUUCCGAGGGCGAUCCCCGGGAGAUAUACCGCGGGUUUAACAAGAUCGGUCAGGGGGCCUCCGGCGGGGUCUUUACUGGGCAUGAGCGCGGGACGAAUCGUCUUGUGGCCAUCAAGCAGAUGAACCUCGAACAACAACCGAAAAAGGAUCUCAUCAUUAACGAGAUCCUCGUCAUGAAGGAGAGCUCUCACCCGAAUAUUGUCAACUUCAUUGACAGCUACUUAUGUGGUGGUGAGCUCUGGGUCGUCAUGGAGUUCAUGGAGGGCGGCAGUCUCACCGACGUGGUCACCUUCAACAUGAUGACCGAGGGCCAAAUAGCGUCGGUAUGCCGCGAGACUCUGAAGGGCCUUCAGCACCUUCACUCAAAGGGCGUCAUCCACCGUGACAUCAAGUCGGACAAUAUCCUUUUGUCUCUUGAUGGAAACAUCAAGCUCACCGAUUUUGGCUUCUGUGCCACCAUCAACGAAGCCCAGAAUAAGCGCACAACGAUGGUCGGAACCCCCUACUGGAUGGCACCGGAAGUUGUCACGAGGAAAGAAUACGGCCGGAAGGUCGAUAUUUGGUCCCUCGGGAUUAUGGCGAUUGAAAUGAUCGAGGGAGAGCCGCCGUAUCUGACCGAGUCGCCUCUGCGCGCACUGUGGCUGAUCGCGACUAAUGGCACUCCCGCGAUCAAGGACGAACGGGAUCUCUCGCCCGUUUUCCGGGAUUUCCUCUACUUUGCUUUGAAGGUGGACCCUGAAAAACGUGCCAGCGCGCAUGAUCUUCUUCGGCAUGAUUUCAUGAAACUAUGUGUCGACCUUUCUCAGUUGUCACCACUCGUUCGCGCGGCUCGAGAAGCGCGACUCCAGGAAAAGGCGCGCAAAGGCCAGUAG